AUGGACAAGCCGAAACAUGAAAUAGAUACUUCUGUUGAUGAUGAUGUUAUAUUGGAUGUUGAUGACAACGAUGAUGAUGAUAUAGAUCCAAGUCAACCAUCACAAUCAAAGUCAAAGUCUGGGUCACAGUCACAGACACCAGCCGACGAGAUCAAUGCAGAGAAUAUCGAUCGUCAAGUGGAGGUGCCCGACUUCUUUGAUCGAGACUUUGACAGCCAACCUCUAAUCUACACUCAAUAUACACAGACUCAAACACAACAACAAACAACAACAACAUCUCAACUACAACAACACAACAAGAUCAUAGAGUUGAGUCAAACAACAAAGACAACAGCAUCAACAACAGCAACAAUCAGUACUGACAAAGCGAACGUCAACAUCAACAAAGACAUUGCCGACAAUGUCACUCCAGUGAGUUCAAAUAAUGUGGACACAGCAACAGCAGCAGCAUCGGCAUCAGCAUCAUCAAUCAGAUCAAGUGGCUCGCGUAGAACCGACUCACUCAAUGUAUCGUACAGUGGCAGGCUAUUGGAGAAGCCUGAUCAAGUCAUGAUGAGAGGCAGCAAGGAUGUGGAUAGCAAUCUAGCAUCUGAUCGAAGAGAUAGCAGUGAUGAUGAUGAUGAGGACAAAGACGAGGACGAGGAUGAGGACGAAGAAGAGAGCAACAUCAAUGACAUCAACCUCGUGGCAAUAGAAGGAUCAAUCACAUCUACACACUUUGAUCAACAAAUCACUGAUCUACAACCAUGGAUAUGUGACUCAAUCGUUCGCGAGCAGACAACUCCCGAUGCCCUGGUCCAGAUCGUAUCGUUUGUCAAGCCAAUGUCAUGUGACAAGUUCAGUGGCGUACACUUCAAGGUGUCUGAUGGCAGACAUUAUAUUACAUGCGUUAUGAAUGAGGCUUGUGUCCAUGAACAUCAGGUACAAUUGCAGAGCUAUCAACCUGAUAGCAUGCUUGGAGUGAUCGUCUCAUUGAAGAAGUAUCUGAUCUUCCCCAACGAUGUACACUCUGACUUCUGUAUAUACGUCGAUGACAUGGACUUCCAGACACGCUCGCGAACCAUCAUCAACUUUGCCAAUAUCCUGCCCAUCCAGUUUGAGACCAAAGUGGAAGAGUUGAUCAAGAGGUGUUCAUCAAACAACUACUUUGUGUUAUCCUUCCCAACUGGAUAUUGUCUGGAGCAUUAUGGCAAGAACGUCUGCAAUCCAGACAACGUCCAAGUGUGCGCCGAGGAGUGUGAAAUACCAGACAUGGCCUUGGAGAUGUUGAUAACCGAUGACCCAUGGAUACCUGACAAGGACAUUGCAUUCCCAUUUGUUGAUGAGGUGAUUGAGGAAAGAGACAUCAUCAACAAUGACAUUGACAUUAUCAUCGACAACGACAAUUACAACAAUGGCGAUGUGCCAUCAAUUGACAAAUCAUUGGAUAAUGUUCCAGUGGAUAGAGACAGCACGGGCAGUGAGAAGGAUGACACAAACAGCAUGUUGGAUUUCAACAUAGAUGAUAAUGACGAUGGUGGUAAUGAGCUACCUCAUGCUAAAGUGGAGGUACACGACAAGGACCAUAGCAAUGUACCAGUGGACAAGGAUAGCAUUGGCAUUGAAUCACCUGGUCCAUUGGCUGGCCGCAUUGACCGCGACUUUGAUAUGGACGUAGGUGGCGGUGGCGGUGGUCAUGAUUACUUUGACGAAGGCAAUGCUGGAAACUCUGGCGAUGCAGCUUCAUCUGGUCAAGAGGAGUUUGAUGAUAUACAGGUGGUUGUGGAUCGUGACCCUGAUGAAUUCCAUACAGAGGUUGUACAGGAGAUGGAAGAGGAGCUAGAGGCAGACACUAGCUUCGUCGCAGACAAACAAUCAACUUUGAACCUUUACAACAAUGUACAGUCAACAUUCGAUGUGGCCAAGGACCAGGACGAGAGUGAUGAGGAGGAAGAGACGCAGAAGGCAAAGAUAGUAAAGACGCAGAAGAAGAAGAAGAUUAUCAACAACAACAACAACACACCAAAGAAGACAAAGCAACAACAACAAGAAGAGGAGAAGCCUAAAGAAAAAGAAUCACCAUUAAUGAAGACACGCAAACAGAUGCAACAGGAAGAACAAGAGAUGAAGGAGAGGUUGGAGAGGACAGAUAGCGAGGAUAGGCAAGAGAGAAGACAAAAUCGACAACAAAUACGUCAAAGAAAACAAGAGAAACGACAAAGAGAACAACAAGAACUACAACUACAACAACAACAACAACAACAACAACAGCAACAACAACAAAAACAUAGUCAAGACUCGGACAGGGAUAUGGACAGUGGCAAUUGGACAAAGAAGAAGUCAAUUGACACUCAAUGGGAUGAUGACAUGUUCCUAAACGUAGAUGUUGUGGUCAAGAACGACAUCAAGUAUCGACCUGCCAAGAAGACACCAUCCACAGUCACCGCAUCAGCAGCAGCAGCAGUCCCACUACACAAAGCCAACAAACAAGCGACACAUACUACAAACAAAAAAGACAACAAAGAUAACAACGACAACAACAACAACAAGAGAAAGAAAACUGAUGAUAUACAUAUAGAUGUAUCGUUCGAGGAAAGUGAUGAGGACAGAGAGAAGACGAAGAAGCAGAAGGCGGAAGUCGCAGUUAAAACAGAGAAACGAUUCUCUUCCAACAUACUGGAGAGUCUAAGAUAUGUAUACGCCGAAAACGAUUCAUUACUCAUUUAA